CCUGGGAAGAACACUGGGUCACAUGACCUCACUUCUUCAACAUGGCUGGAACAACAGGAAUCUACAGUAUGAGAUGGAGCGUUGGAACAAACUGGAGGAUGCUGAAAACGCACUUCCAAGUGAUGUGAGCUGCCUCAAACUGUUGCUUGAGUGGAACUCGCACGAGGGAAAAGGAAAGACCCAUGAAAAACUUUCACUGAGACUGCGUCAAAUUGGGAGGCAAGAUUUGGCUUCUUGGUUGGACUCAGCAGUGCUCGACGAACUUCAAGGAGAGAUAGACAAAUUGGCACAGAAGUUUUCAGAAACUCCUCAGGAACAUCUCCCUCCUGUCCAAGUGUUUGAAAAUGAUGAUUAUUUUGAGCAAACGCUCAUGAAAAAUGAUGACAUUUGGGAUUUAGUUCCGACUGUAACUAUCCUAUUUUUCAUUGCUGUUUCUAUCAUAAUUUUAACCUGUUUUUUCGCCCAAGUGAUGAAGCCUUAUAGAAUGAGUAAAUGGGAAAAAGACAAAAAAUUGAAUCAUGAAUUCAAAUAUGGGUCAGAGACACUAAUUUAA